GAAGUGUCUCUGGAGUCAAUCGUUCCAGUUCAUCCGACCGACGUUUGUCGUCCCAACAACAUCACCGUCCAAUCUGAAAAUACCGUUCACACCGACAAUCAUAUCACCGCCAAGUACCUCAACCGUGGUGCUGAUGUCGUGGUCUCAGAUGGCCAGUUCACUAUUUUGCCUACUGUCAAGCCUUAUGAGUUCCAAACAACCCGCAAGGUUGGCAAGACUGGG